UUGACGCAGUUGGGUCUGAUUCUCCUGAAGCAGAAACGCCCUGCCUCCUCUCUCCUCUCCUCCAACAUCCAUCCAUCCCGGGCUCUCCUCUGCUCCUCUAUCCGCCGAGCAGACACUCUGAGGCGGCCGGAAAACCAACCAAACCUCGGUGGAGGAGAGAGAAAAUAAAAUGGCCUUUUAAACACCUUGAGAGAAUACAAAAACCCAGAGGAGACAUGGAGCCUUUUUCCUUCCUCCGCCUUCUCUUCCUCGUUUCCUUGAGCUGCUUCUCCACUGCUGCUGACAGGAGAAUCGGUUGCCUGUUUGAGAACGAGCUGUGUUCACCGUAUGAAGUCUGCGUUAACGAUGCCAUGUUUGGACGUUGUCAACCCGUUCCAGUGACGGACGUUUACACCUACGACGUCUCUCCGUCUGUAGUGCAACGCUUCAGGACGCUGCUGGAGAAGCUCUCAAACAGAGGUCUGACCUGGGGAGAUGACACCACUCAGCAGGUUCUCUCUAAAGAGCUUUCCAAACUGAGGAGGGUUCCUUUCAGAACGCAGCAGAACGGAGCCGUCCACAACACAGACAGCAGACCUUCAUCUGAAGCGAUGGACCCGGCGGAUCGGAGGGUGAAGCCGGUGCAGCUGGAGCUCAGCAGGAACCUCCAGACGUACCUCCAACGCCUCGGACUUAUCCCCAAAACCUCUUCCUCCAGCCUGAGCUCACACGGCAAGACUGACCGUUUCCAGUCAGGCGUCGCUGCAGACUACUAUCGCUCCAAGCCUCAGAAGUCCUCCAGCUUUUCCUCCUCUUCCUCUUCCUCGUUCUCACCGGUGCAGAAGCAGCAGAGACCUCCACCCGACGGAGACUUCCUGCGGGGCGCCCUGAGGCAGUAUCUGUCCCUGCAGAGCGGGCGGGGAGACCCCAAACUGAGGCCCUUUUACAGCAACGGGAUAGAAAACACCGGCCUAAAAACAGAGGGUCCGAAAUCCAGACUGAUGAAGCUGGGGAAAACUCAGGGGGCUUCAGUCAAAGAGCCUCUGACGCCUGUGGAUGAGAAGUUCAUCCAGAAGGUUCUGCAGAGCGUGGGCCGGCACCAUGUGGACGUGGACGGCCUGACGCCGCAGGACCUGAGCCAGCUGUCCCGCCUGAUCACUGAGGCUCUGCAGGUGGUGGAAAAAGAUCAGAACAAGAACCAGGCAGAGAUGGCAAAAGCUCCAAACCGGGGCGGGACUCGGGUCAGACCUGGACCCAGAGACCUGGAGGGAGAGGAGGAAGAAGAGCCUGGCAGGGAUGAGGAAGAGGAGGAAGAGGAGAAGCUGCUGGAGAACGCUCCGACAGUAAAACAACAGCAGAGCUUUCCCACAGCGCCAGCUAAACUGCAAGAGCGCCAAACAGAUACUGAGGAGCAGAACAUGGAGGAAAAGCCUGACCUCUUCACCAAACUCCUCGCCUACCUGGACAAAUCCUCCUUUAGCUCCGCCCCCUCGGCCAGAAAUCUGGACAAUUUGAACAUGGAAACACCCGGAGGACGACAGGUGGGGCUGGAAAACGUCCAGAGUCGCACCAGCGAGGCGGGGGUAACGGUGCAGAAGAAGGACGCCGCUCAGCAGUUGGAGGAAGUGUCGGAGGUUCACGGAUGGAUCAAAGACGUGGCGCCUCCUCCGGCUGCUCUGGUUUAUGACGAUCCGCACAAAAAGACACUUCAAGUCCCCGAACUGCAGCUGGACGUCAAGGAAGAAGGCGGGAAGAAGGCCGACGAGGACGUGUUCGGAUACGUCAUCACCGACACUGAUGGGCUGCAGACGGACGAAGGCCUCCACCUGAUGGAGAUCCUCGCUCACAUGGCUAAAAUCCAGAUGACCGACUUCGCCGAGCUCUCGGUGGUGGGGCCCGCAGUGACCUUCAAAGUGAGCCCCAACCGUCAGAACGUCAGCACCACAGAUGUGGCCAACGUUGCAGAGAAAGAGACAGCCCAUUAUCACCGCCUCGCUGCGGCACCUGAGCCCCCCUGA